ACAAUUACUAAUACCACUCCACUCCACUCUUUACUCUCUCUCUCUCUCUCAUCAUCUCAAAACUCCUUUUUCCUCCCACUUCCCAUUUCCUCAAUUUCUGCAGAAUCAAUUUAAUUUUUCGAUGCCCUUUUAAUUAUUUUUCAAGAAAAUGUGGAGAAAAGUUGAUGAGCAUCAUCAUCUCAAGUUGUUGUUCCUGUUGAUAGUGUUAAUUGCAUCAAGAAAUGAGGGCUUGGUGUUGGUGAUUGCCAAGAAUGAUACUUACACCACUACUGCAACAUGGGUGGGAUCCAAGUACCAGAUUGAAUGCACAAUGUGCUCAGCUUGUGACAAUCCAUGCACCACCCCAUCUCCGCCACCGCCACCGCCCUCGCCUCCUCCGCCGUCCACCACCCUCAACUGCCCUCCACCGCCAUCUCCUCCUCCUAGCUCAGGCAGCUACUACAACUCACCGCCCCCACCAACACCUUACACAUACUACUCACCACCACCGCCUGGAGGCGCCACCUACUACAAACCACCGCCGCCUCCUUACCCCACAGGACCGGUGCCGCCGCCUCCAAACCCAAUUGUGCCUUAUUUCCCUUACUACUACUACAACCCUCCACCGCCGUCAUCAUCUCCACCACCAUUAUUCAAGAAACUUCACUCAACUUUCUUGAUCAUCAUCACUAUGCUAGCUUUUCUUCACUAGUACAUCUUUUAUUAUUAAAGAAAAUUAUAUAAUCUUUUUGCUUUUCACUUUUUCUUUUUUCUAGUCCAGAGGGAAAAAACAAAAUGAAGAAUGUGAAGAAAUAAUUUGUCAGAUUCACAGAUCUUCAAGAUUGCUGAGGAAGGAUCUUCAGAUGAUGGCUUCCACGAUUAUGUGGAUUUCCAGGAGUGCCCUUCAACCCCACCAUGAUGAUGAAGCAAAAAGAGGAGCAAUUGUGGGCUUUUGUGGAAGAAAAACACUUGGAGAGUACAGAAGCUCUCUCUACUCUCUAACUCAUCAGUGAAGUCAUCUGUGAAUUCUUGACAAUUUAUUUUAGCUUUAUUAAUGUGGUGAGUAAGUUUUACAAAUUUUUAUAGGGUUGUGAGAAAAUCAGUCAAUUUUGCAUAAUC